AUCCUGGUGGUGGUCCUAUUAAAAUCGAGUUUGGAUUAGAAGUUGUUACUGCUGAUGGUGAUGACAAUGAUAAUGGAAGUGAAUUUGUUCCUGUUGCAGCAACGGAUGAUGGUGACGUUUGUGGUGGCGCAUUUCCAAAUA